UCCUAAAAAUCUUCUUAUCAACAAGAUACUAAAUUCAAUUCCUCCUAAAACAAGAAUAAAAUCCCAAUACAGCUUUUUGGCAUAGUAAGAGGUUUUUCAUGUGGGAGUGGGACCAGUAAAUUUGCAGCCCCACACCCACAUCACAUGCUGAAUGAUUUCAUUCAGUAAUUGUUGUUUUGGGUGAGCGUGUAACCCAUGAAACAUCCAUCCGUUCCUCUCUCAAUGAUUAAGAUCACUGGCCAUAUCUGCAUCCCUUUUCUCCUCAAAUCUCACAUGUUAAUUAAUAUCCGGCUUCCCACAUGACAUGACCCCCACAGCUUUUUUGCAGAGCGGUUAUUUUGGUGUCCUAACAAAUUGCCACUUACCACUGGGAGUGAUUAAUCCUCUUUCUCUUUCUAUGAUGUUAAAGUCCUCCCCAUAAACAAGGGGAAGGAAACCAUCUACAGAAAAUUAACCAAAUAUCUGACAUGCUGAUCGAUUACUCAACAAGCAUUCUUUUCUACAUAUAUACGAGAUACUAAGUAGCUUUUUCUUUUUUCUUUUUUUCAUCAAUUCAUAAUCAAUUUAGAUAUGUAGACCACCAUAGCCAUAUCCCACCCACUCGAUCAUUCACAUUUUGCAACAUUGUUAUCUUCAUCAUCACUAGCCACAUUGAAGCUUGAUAUUAGCACUGACCCUGUUCUGGAUUUCUAUUAUUAUGGUGUAAACCUCCAAGCUUCAGGUUUGUAGAAAUUCUCUUACUGGUUUCACAUAUUUUCUUGAUCAAGAAAGUCAAAAAUCAAAAGUCCUAGUUUGCAAUAAAUUAAGACGAAAUAAAGCUUUGAUAACGAAGCAGGAGCUGUAUAUCCACAACAGGAGGAAAAGGUUAAACUUGACUAUUAGAAACGAUGGUCUAAACAAACACCAUUUCCUUUAUUUAUUCAGUUUCUUAACAAAAAAUUUAGAAAAUAAAUAAUAAAUAAUAAAAUAAUAAAAUUGAUAGAAAAGGAAGACGCGGACCUGAUGGCACGUAUGGUGCCACGUCAUCACCAACGACAAAAACUGAUAGGGUAAGAAGUACUCUCCAGCUCGAGAGCGAGAGAGAGAAGAGAGGCUCUCAGUGAGAAACAGAGAGAAAUGGUUAUGGCGGGAGCUUCACUGCAUUUGAAGACCACGGUUCCAAUGGCCUGCGCUAGAGAAAGCGAACACUUCAAAGUCCAAUUGUCCGAGAAGACCCGAAACUCGAGGGUCCUGGUACUCGGUGGAACGGGUCGGGUCGGAGGCUCCACUGCCAUUGCUCUCUCCAAGCUCUGUCCCGACUUUCGUAUUGUCAUUGGCGGCCGAAACAGGGAAAAAGGAGCUGCAAUGGUGGCUACGCUUGGUGAAAACUCAGAGUUCUCUGAAGUCGAUAUUAACAAUGUAAAAUCAUUGGAAGCAGCUCUAACAGAUGUGGAUCUUGUGGUACAUGCUGCAGGACCAUUCCAACAGGCAGAUAAAUGCACUGUUCUAGAAGCUGCAAUACAGACCAAGACGGCCUAUGUUGAUGUCUGUGAUGAUACAAAUUAUUCACAGCGUGCGAAAUCCUUCAAGGAUAAAGCGGUAGCUGCAAAUAUUCCAGCUAUAACAACUGGUGGAAUUUAUCCAGGAGUGAGCAAUGUGAUGGCAGCAGAACUAGUUCGUUCUGCAAGAAGUGAAAACAAAGGAAAACCAGAAAGGCUAAGAUUCUAUUACUAUACUGCAGGUUCUGGAGGGGCUGGUCCAACUAUAUUAACAACUAGUUUUCUGCUUCUUGGAGAGGAGGUUGUUGCAUAUAAUAAGGGAGAAAAGAUCAAACUAAAGCCAUAUAGUGGAAUGCUCAACAUUGAUUUUGGACGAGGCAUCGGAAAGAGAGAUGUUUAUCUGUUGAAUCUGCCCGAGGUAAGAAGUGCCCAUGAGGUCCUAGAAGUACCAACUGUUAGUGCUCGAUUUGGAACUGCACCAUUUUUCUGGAAUUGGGGAAUGCUAGCAAUGACAAGCCUUCUUCCUCCUGAGUUUUUGAGAGAUAGAAACAAAGUGCAACAGUUGGUUCAACUGUUUGAUCCUGUAGUUCGAGCAGUCGAUGGGAUUGCUGGAGAGCGUGUAUCCAUGAGGGUUGAUUUAGAGUGUUCCAAUGGGCGCAAUACAGUUGGCCUAUUCAGUCACAGGAAACUCUCCGUAUCAGUCGGAGCUGCAACAUCUGCAUUUGCUCUUGCAGUUCUUGAGGGAAGCACACAGCCUGGAGUUUGGUUCCCAGAAGAGCCUGAAGGAAUUGCAAUCGAGGCUAGGGAAGUUCUUCUCCAACGUGCUUCACAAGGAACAAUCAAUUUUGUAAUGAACAAACCAGCAUGGAUGGUGGAAACAGAGCCAAAAGAGCUUGGCUUAGGAAUAUACGUGUAGGAAAAUUUGAUCAAACAAGGCAUUCCAAGUCUUUGUUUCAUCUCCUCCACCAUGCUGCAUAGGUAGGUGCAAAGAAAGCCUCCAUUCUUCACGAACACACUUUUCCAGUCUGCCAGAUGAGAGACAAUAGGGAGGAAACUUUUUUGAGCUUGUGCAAUUGACUAAACAAUCUUUGAGACGAUUCUGAUUUUUAUUAACAGAUGUUAAAUAUGGUCAUACCUGUUAUACCACCAUGCUAAUAGAAUGAGUUUUUUUUUUUUU